AUGACACUAAGAAAGCACUGGAAGUAUUCAGAGGACGAGGACCUUGUUCUCUCUAGCCUUAAGGGUUUGGUCCACUCGAAUCCGGCAGUUCGCUUGAUUCCCUCUGAAAAAGUUGUUUUCAACCCCAAUUCUGAUACUUCAAAGAAGAUCACAUUGAUUAGUGGUGGAGGUGCAGGUCAUGAACCAUUGCACGGAGGGUAUGUUGGUGAUAACCUUUUAGAUGCCGCUGUAAGUGGACAUAUCUUUGCAUCACCUUCUACCAAACAGAUCAUGGCAGCCAUCAGAACAAAGUCUCACAAGGAAAAGGGUACAAUUAUUGUAGUGAAAAAUUAUACAGGGGAUAUUCUUCAUUUUGGCUUGGUUGCGGAGCGGGCUAAAAAUGAAGGUUAUAAUGUUGAACUUGUAAUCGUCGCUGAUGAUGUGGCCGUAGGCAGAGAGCAGAAUAAGAUGGUAGGCAGAAGGGGAUUGGCUGGAACUGCUAUCGUUCACAAGAUUCUUGGUGCUGCUGUCCAUUCCGAGAAUGCUGAGCUCAAGAACAUUGCCCACUUGGGAAACACCAUCAACGACAAUCUUGUGACCAUAUCAGCUUCAUUGGAUCGUACCUCCGUCCCUGGAAGACAAAUGAACACCAGUGAGUUCACUGGUGAAGAUGAAGCUGAAGUAGGACUUGGAAUUCACAAUGAACCAGGUGUGAAAAUCAGCCCAAUUCCAAAUAUUGAUGAUUUAAUUGAAGACCUUUUUCAUAAAUUGUUAUCUCCUGACGACAAGGACCGCCAUUAUGUAGAUUUUGACUUGCAUAAUGAUGAUUACAUCUUACUCAUUAACAAUAUUGGUGGAACUUCUUCACUCGAAUUGCACUUAAUUGCUGAACAUAUUGUCAUUCAACUUCCUACCAAAAAUCGUCCCAAACGUAUUUUAAUUAGUGACUUUGUAACUUCCCUCAACUCUCCUGGUUUUUCGAUCACUUUGCUUAAUCUUUCAAACAUUGCUAAAGCAAAAGUAGGGUUUUCAACCGAUCAAUUGUUGGAAUUUUUAGAUGCACCUACUGAUGCGCCUGGAUGGAAACCAAAAAGCUAUACCUCAAAACAAUGGGAAGCCGAUUCUGUUUAUUCUGAAUCUCCAAUGACUGAAACGUCUCAUAUUUCGUCAUCUUUAAAGACCAAUGCCGUAGUCUUUGAAAAGGCUCUAGUUAACGCAAUGAAUAAUUUGCUUAAAAAUGAACCUGAUAUUACGCGUUACGAUACAAUUGUUGGUGAUGGUGAUUGUGGAGAAACAUUAGCAGCCGGUGCAAAUGCUAUUCUCUUUGAAUUAAAAAAGAAAGGCAACUUCCACAAGAACCUCUCCGACCCUGUUGCAACUUUGGCAGCCAUCACUGAUUUGGUGGAAGACAGUAUGGGUGGUACUUCUGGAGGUCUUUACUCAAUCUAUCUUACCAAACUCGUUGGUAGUCUUGGCGAGAAGAAGGAAUUGACAACGCAGACUUUCGGAGAUGCUGCCUAUUCUGCCUUGUAUGAUGGUUUAUUCAAGUAUACACGAGCAAGAGUAGGAGGCAGAACUCUAGUGGAUACAUUGCAGCCCUUUGUGGAUACCUUAAAAGGGACAGGUGAUAUCAAGGCUUCCUUGUCUGCAGCUAAGAAAGGCUGCGAAAACACCAGAGAGUUACAUGCCAAAUUUGGAAGGGCUAGCUAUGUUGACGAGUCUGAAUUUAAGACCGAAGAGGGUGGGGUUCCCGAUCCUGGUGCUGUUGGAUUGUAUGCAAUCAUCGAGGGUUUUGUUGGAGCUCUCUAA